AAAAGCUGGAACUGCGGGAGGGGAACAUGUCGGAUUCUGAGCUCGGCAGGAAGUGGGACCGGUGCUUGGCGGAUGCCGUCGUGAAGAUAGGUACUGGUUUUGGAUUAGGACUUGUUUUCUCACUUACCUUCUUUAAAAGAAGAAUGUGGCCAUUAGCCUUUGGUUCUGGAAUGGGGUUAGGAAUGGCCUACUCCAACUGUCAGCAUGAUUUCCAGGCUCCAUAUCUUCUACAUGGAAAAUAUGUCAAAGAGCAGGAGCAGUGACUUACAUCUGAGCACAUCCCGGUGGGAGGGAGACAGAGAUCAUGUUUAUCCCUCAGGAUACUGAGGUGCCCUGGAGUAAGCUGACACUCUUCUGUAACAAUGUUAUCAGUGAUGCUUUAAACUCCAGCACACUGUUUAUGUAUUUGAAACCAAGUCUGUUUCUUGUUUUGUAUUUUCUCUCUGGAAAUUGCAAGGAGGUGGUCUUAAAAGAAAUAAAUUAAACAAAAAUAGGCAAAAAAAAAAAAAAAACAAAAA